AUGUUUGAUCCUAUCCGUAUCAAGCUGCAACAUUGGCUCGAUAGGAACAAGCCAUUGGCAAAGAACAAAAUUAGCGAACUAGGGCAUCGCUGGAAUGAUUUCAGCGGGUAUGCAGACAUCAAUGCAUUGAAAGAGCAAGUGGAAGUCAAAGCUGAACGGCUCAAAACACUUCAGCAAGAAAAGGACGCUGCCAAAGAAGUCUAUAUCCAAGCGGUGUCAGAUCGAUCCGUAUCACAGCGUCGAGUCAAUGACCUUUUAUCUCGCAAGUCGACGUGGAGAGACUCGGACUUGAUGGAAUAUACGUCGCUGCUACACUCGGAGCACAGUCAUGCUAAAGCCGAAGAACAAAGUCAAUUGGAGUAUGAGCGUGCAGAAGACAAUAUGCAAAGGGGGUUUGAUGAUCUAAUGCGUAGUGUUAUGCGCCGGUACCAUGAAGAACAUAUUUGGAGCGACCGUGUUCGAAGUAUCAGCACAUAUGUCAGCGUUGGCUUGGGUGCUCUGAACGUAUUGGUGUUUAUUCUUGCACUGUUCAUCGUAGAGCCAUACAAACGCCGACGUCUCGCACAAACACUUGAGUCGCGACUUCUCUCUGGCGAAGAGGCCGCGAGACAUCGUAUGCAUGCUACCAUGAUGUCUGUUGACGAGAGGUUAGCGGACAUUGAGUCGUCUGUGUGUCCACCGCCUACUGCGGCCGGCGUAAGAGCUACAGAUGCACCUGUAGCCAGCGAUGCAGGUGCUGGCACAGGACGAGGAGUAUCGGCCUCGAUCCAACGUGCCCGUGAUAUUAUGAAACGCGGCGCCAGCUUCGCAUGGGUUUCGCAAGUGAUGCACUACCUUCAUAUGUGUCGUGUGUACAUGGCCACGGCUUGGGCGAACAUGAUUCCAUUCCACACGGAGCAGGGUGCGAUCACACAUUUGGCGGCCACGACAACCGGCGUCAUGGUCGGCAGCGUGCUAUCCUACGUGCUGUACCUGGCCCUAGUGUAA